CUCAUCACGACCGACGACGACGUCGACGUUCCCGCCGUAGCCUCCCCGAUCCAACGACCCUAAAAAGCACGAUGGACCCCGCGAAAUUGGCCAAGCUGCAGGCCGCGGCCGCGAACAACCGGAUCGGUGGGAAGGGCACGAUGCGCCGCAAGGUUGUGCGGAAGUCGAAACCGAGCACGGCGCAGGACGACAAGAAGCUCCAGGGCGCGCUCAAGAAGCUGAACGUGCAGCCCAUCCCCGGGGUUGAGGAGGUGAACAUGUUCAGGGAGGACGGCAACGUGCUGCACUUCACAGCGCCCAAAGUGCACGCCGCCGUCUCUGCCAACACCUUCGCAAUCUACGGUGCCGGUCAGGUGAAGGAGCUCACGGAGCUCGUCCCUGGUAUUCUCAACCAGCUCGGGCCCGACUCGCUCGCCUCGCUGCGCAAGCUGGCGGAAUCGUACCAGGCGAUCCAGCAGAACCAGCAAAGGCCACCAAACGCCGGCGCGGACGAUGACGAUGACGACGUGCCAGACUUGGUCGAGAACUUCGAUGCCGUGGAGGAGCAACCGAAAGAGGAUGCCAAGGCAGAGGACAAGGCGGACGUCAGUGCGUUGGAUUAGGGAGCGACGACUUUAUGACCAUGAUUGGAGAUGACGUUGGUGCUGCUGUAUCGUGCUUUCGCUCCUCGCCCAAAAUUACCUUCUGUUCCGGUGCGAUCUCGAUCUUGGCGUUGUUCGCCCUCGGUUCUGGAUCGCACAAGACCCUACCCUAUGUUCAGCGCUCUCCUCUGCAUCUGCUGUCAUGUAUACUGCAACGCAUCUUCAACAGCCAUCUAUGUAUCGAUUACUGAGCUACACAGAUGCUUUCUAAGUCAUGUUCAUU